CUUAUAAACCAUUUUCACCUAGCUGAUAAAAAGGGCUUAGCUUUCUGUGCCAUUAGAGCUCUUGCAAGCAUGGUGAACGUUCCUAAAACCCGCCGGACUUUAUGUAAGAAGUGCGUCAAGCAUCAACCCCACAAAGUAACACAGUACAAGAAGGGCAAAGAUUCUCUGUAUGCACAGGGAAAGCGGCAUUAUGACAGGAAGCAGAAUGGUUAUGGUGGGCAGACUAAGCCAAUUUCCCGAAAAAAGGCUAAAACUACAAAGAAGAUUGUGCUGAGGCUUGAAUGUGUUGAGCCCAACUGCAGAUCUAAGAGAAUGUUGGCUAUUAAGAGAUGCAAGCAUUUUGAACUGGGAGGAGAUAAGAAGAGAAAGGGCCAAGUGAUCCAGUUCUAAGCUUCAUUUUUUGUUUUAUUAUGUGACAAUAAAAUCUUGAGGAUAUGUUCAAAAAAAAAA